AGAUUUGGAUCUGACAUCGGACGAGUGCAUCCUGGACGAAGUGGACACUCACAUCCAGGCGAACCUGGAGGAUGAGCUGGUGAAGGAGGCGCUCCGCACGGGCGUGGACCUCAGGCACUACUCGAAGCACGUGGAGAAAGAGCUGCAGGAGAUCGAGAAUGCGUCCAUCAGGGACUACAUCAAGGAGAGUGAAAACAUCGCAAGCCUGCACGGCCAGAUCACCUCCUGCGACUCCAUCCUGCAGCGCAUGGAGGAGAUGCUGUCGUCGUUCCAGACGGAUCUGAGCAGCAUCACGGAGAUCCAGACGCUGCAGGAGCAGUCGGUGGCCAUGAACGUGAAGCUGCGCAACCGGCAGGCGGUGCGCGGGGAGCUGAGCCAGCUCGUGGACGAGCUGGUGGUGCCCGGCGCCAUGAUCACUGCGAUCCUGGACCUGCCUGUGACGGAGCGCGACUUCCUGGAGCAGCUGCAGGAGCUCAACAACAAGAUCAACUACGCCAAGGAGCAGGCCUUCCGCGAGACGCUCGCCUGCCAGGACACGCACGACGUGCUGGCCAAGCUGAAGGCCAAGGCCAUCGCCAAGGUCCGUGAGUUCAUCCUACAGAAGAUUUACGCCUUCCGCAAGCCCAUGACCAACUACCAGAUGGCACAGAACACGCUGCUCAAGUUCCGCUUCUUCUCGGAGUUCCUGCUGGCGAACGAGCGUCACGUGGCCAAGGAGGUGCGGGACGAGUACGUGGACACGAUGGCGCGCAUCUACUACUCGUACUUCAAGGCCUACACCAGCCGCCUCAUGAAGCUGCAGUACGAGGAGGUGGCCGACAAAGAUGACCUCAUGGGGGUGGAGGACACGGCCAAGAAAGGUUUCUUCUCGAAGCCGUCGCUCCGCAACCGCAACACCACCUUCACGCUGGGCAACCGCGGCGCCGUCAUCUCCGGCGAGCAGCUGGAGGCGCCCAUCCUGGUGCCGCACGCCGCCCAGAAGCAGGACACGCGGUACUCGUUUGAGAGUCUGUUCCGCAGCCAGCACUACGCGCUGCUGGACAACUGCUGCCGCGAGUUCCUCUUCCUCUGCGACUUCUUCAUGGUGAGCGGCGCCUCUGCCCACGAGCUCUUCACCAGCGUCAUGGGCCGCUCCCUCUCCAUGUUCAUGAAACACAUGGACGCGUACGUGGCCGACUGCUACGACAGCAUCGCCGUGUUCCUGUGCAUCCACGUCAUCCUGCGCUUCAAGGCCAUCAUGGCCAAGCGCGGCGUGCCGGCCCUCGACAAGUGA